AUGAGAAAAGAUUUUGGAAGAGCUUUUAGGAUCGUAGGAUUAGAUGGAGGGAGACUGGUAAAGGUAGGUAGUUGAGCAACAUUUUCAUUUGGUAUUUUCGGGUCAACAUUAGACUAACUUCCCUUUGCCGCACAUAGUUCUCCAGCCUGUUUGACUGAAUGUCGCGGUUCAUUCGAGCGUAGUUUGAACUGUUUAAAAGAUCUUUUUCCUGCACAGAGUUGUCUGUUGUCUAGUUGUCUAAAUGAGAACAUCACAAACGGUACAGGGGGCGUUUGCCCCAUAAGAAGUUACAGGCGGUUCAGGGAUAAAAUUACAAGACAAAGGUAUUUGUUAACCACAAGGGUUAAAGGAAAUUUAGCUUAUUUAGGAUAAUGAAUUGGGGAAUUACCUUUUUCCUUCUUCCUUGAACGGUUCAACUAACAAAGUGAUAGUCCAGUUUGACGCUUUGGAUAAUGAGGGAUACAAUAUAUACCUUUUCCAUAAGCCUAUCUCUAAUAUUAUUCUGUGAGUGUUGAUUUGCAAAUUAGGUCACUACAAUGUAUUUUUUAUGUGUUUCUUAGGUUUCGGCGCUCUGAAUCUAAAAAUGCGCAUAAAGGCAGUUUUAGCAUUGGGACAGCCUGCUCAGCUCCCGUAAGCAUUGGUUUUCCAAUAUUCCAGUUAUGGGUUGAUUUUCUCGAAACGUCUCACAUGACCUAAGCUCUAAGGGCAUAUUCUAAAAUGAGGCAAGACAUGACACAGAGUUGUCUGUUGUCUAGUUGUCUAAAUGAGAACAUCACAAACGGUACAGGGGGCGUUUGCUCCAUAAGAAGUUACAGGCGGUUCAGGGAUAAAAUUACAAGACAAAGGCAUUUGUUAACCACAAGGGUUAAAGGAAAUUUAGCUGAUUUAGGAUAAUGAAUUGCGGGAUUACCUUUUUCCUUCUUCCUUGAACGGUUCACCUAACAGAGUGAUAGUCCAGUUUGACGCUUUAGAUAAUGAGGGAUACAAUAUAUACCUUUUCCAUAAGCCUAUCUCUAAUAUUAUUCUGUGA